AUGGCGAUACACAACGCCCAUGGCGGGCCAGUUGAGAAGGAGGCUGUUGGCAUGACCGAAGAUGUGGAGCGCUCGCCCACCAACAUUUCCCAUGACACUGGCUUCGAGAGCGAAUUCACACCCAAAGAGCAGCGCGCCAUCAUUCAUCGCAUUGAUCGACGUCUUGUCGUCACCGUCGGCGUUCUCUACUGUAUCAGUCUGAUGGACCGAACCAAUCUUUCCGCCGCCGCAAUUGCAGGAAUGACCAAGGAAUUGAAACUCGAAGUCUUGAUGGGCACCGUCUCCCGCUAUUCGGUCGUCACAUUGGUUUUCUUCACCACCUACAUCGUCUUCCAACCCCCCGCCACCAUCUUAGUUCGCAAACUCGGUCCCAGGAACUUCCUAUCCGCCAUUGUGGUUGCAUGGGGUGCUGUCAUGAUUGGCAUGGGCUUCGUUCACGAUUGGCAAUCUCUGGCCGCCCUUCGCAUUGUUUUGGGCAUACUCGAGGCUGGAUUCUUCCCAAGCUGUGUAUAUCUGCUUAGCACAUGGUACACUCGUUACGACGUGGGAAAGAGAUACUCGGUUUUCUACAUUCUUGGCAGUUUGGCAUCGGCUUGUGCUGGAAUUUUGGCUUAUGGCUUGAUGCAGAUGCAUGGCCUUCAGGGCAUGGCAGGCUGGCGUUGGAUCUUCGCCAUCGAGGGAGCAUUGACUUGCGCUCUCGGAAUUGCUGGCUACUGGCUCUUGGUCGAUUUCCCUGAUAAGGCUCAUAAAUCCUGGAAGUUCUUGUCCGAGCGCGAAGCCAGGUUCAUCAUCGAACGUGUUGAUAGGGAUCGUGGCGAUGCGAAACCCGAGCCGUUCUCCUCUGCCAAGUUCUUCCGCGCUGGUACAGACCCAAAGAUCUGGGUUUAUGCAAUGAUCUUUUUCAACACCACAACCGUCACUUACGCCCUUGCCUACUUCCUCCCCAUCAUUCUCACAAGGAACAUGGGCUUUGAUGUUGGUACAUCUCAAUGUUUAGUCGCCCCUCCAUACGCCCUCGCUGCCAUCGUCAUGUACACUACCGGCUACCUGGGAGACAAGUACAAGAUCCGCGGCCCCAUCAUCAUCUUCAACAUGGUCCUGUGCCUCAUCGGACUCCCCAUCAUGGGUUUCGCCAAAAGCCCCGCUGUCCGAUACUUCGGCGUCUUCUUGACCACCGCAGGCGCCAACUCCAACGUCCCAGCCGCCAUGGCCUACCAGGCCAACAACAUCCGCGGACAGUGGAAGCGAGCAUUCUGCAGCGCCACCCUCGUCGGCUUCGGUGGCGUCGGCGGUAUCGCAGGUGGUCUCGUCUUCCGCGUCCAGGACGCUCCCCACUAUCGCCCUGGCUUGUACGCGUGUAUCGCAUGCUGCUUGCUUUCCAUUGUGUUGGUCAUCAUAACCAGCUUUGUCUUCAAGCGCCAGAAUGCGCGAGCAGAUCGUGGUGAGGUUGAGUUGGAGCACACUGAUGAGGACCAACAGCGUGGCUUCAGGUAUACUAUCUAAUUUAACGAGACGUUUAUGUGGAGGUUAUUGAGUCACGAAAUGCAUGGACGUAUAGUUUUACUUAAAAGUUG